AUGAGGCUUUUUUUGUGGAACGCGGUGCUGACGUUGUUGGUCACUUCUUUGAGUGGGGCUCUGAUCCCUGAACCAGAAGUGAAGAUUGAGGUGCUCCAGAAGCCGUUCAUCUGCCAUCGCAAGACCAAAGGGGGAGAUUUGAUGUUGGUCCACUAUGAAGGCUACUUAGAAAAGGAUGGCUCCUUAUUUCACUCCACUCACAAACAUAACAAUGGUCAGCCCAUUUGGUUUACCUUGGGCAUCCUGGAGGCUCUCAAAGGUUGGGACCAGGGCUUGAAGGGAAUGUGUGUAGGAGAGAAGAGAAAGCUCACCAUUCCUCCUGCCCUGGGCUAUGGAAAAGAAGGAAAAGGUAAAAUUCCCCCAGAGAGUACACUGAUAUUCAACAUUGAUCUCUUGGAGAUUCGAAAUGGACCAAGAUCCCAUGAGUCAUUCCAAGAAAUGGAUCUUAAUGAUGACUGGAAACUCUCUAAAGAUGAGGAAAUCAGGGGCCACCUGGAGAAAGGAGACUCUGGUCUGGAUUUUCUAGAGCAGAAGACCUUUCCCAGCCCCCUCUUGGUUCUGGUGUUUGCGGAAGAGGAAAUCCUGCUCUCGCAAGUUAACCAGGGAUGGGGUUCACCCGCCUUCUGCCCGAAGGCAGAGCGUGUGGCCGCCAUUGCUGUGGCUGAAUUCAGCAACAUGCGAUUAAAAUUAAGUGGUUUCCUUAAAACGAAAAUUGAGAAGCAAGAAGGUAGCAGGCUGAUGGCCUUUGAGGCUGGUGGAUGCCUUCAGGGGCUUUGCUGCACUGUUCUGUGCGUGCUGAAACACAUGGUCAAAGAACCAGGCACAAGAAAUGACGAAUCCUUUUGA